AUGUAUGAACAAGCGGAGCCGGUCCGGUCCUCUCUCUCGGGGCCCGGCAGUGGCCGAACCGGCCAGCAGGAACCUACUGUCCACCUGAGCACUUCAACAGGGCGUGUUCGCUACGGCAAGGCCGCUUCUGACAAGCAAGAAGACGGCGUAGAAACGUCGUCAGACGCGUACGAAGAAGCCGAGGCGGUGAAACGUCAUGCAACGUACACGUCUGCAGAUCGCGCGUAUCAUAGUGAAGCAAGCGGUUGGCGCAGGGCUCGAAGUUUCAUCCACUCCCAUCGUAGCUGCCUUGCCGCCGCUUCAGCUGUGGUGCUGAGUCUGAUCGCUGUGGGACUCGCCUUGGCUUGCUUCAUCAAUGAAGAGGACACGUCACAUCUGUCAGAUACUUUCAACGACCGAAACCAAACUGCCGCCAUGGGGUGUCUUGGUGGCAAGAAUAAGAUGCCAGAGCCAGUUCAGAACUUGGAGGAGGUGAUACAACAGCUCCAGAGCGUUGUGGCUACGAUGACGGCCAAAGGCCAGAAGGUCCAGGAAGAGAUUCAGGAGCUUAAGACCAAGAUGACGGCCAAAGACCAGAAGAUCCAGGCUUUGGAACAGCGACCGUACAUCGAACGCUGCGAGUCUGGUUGGCUGGGAAUUCCAUGGGCAGGUUUAUUCUACGGUUCCGGAGAGCGCAACCUUUACCUGAACGCCACGUUCACCACGCCUUUCCGGAAAACCCCCGUAGUGACUUUAGGCUUCGUACUCCUGGACGAUGCAGUGGUUAAACAACUCCGAGUUUCCGCCGCAGUUUCGUCAAAAUCAAUGACACGUCUGACUGUGCGAAUCAGGACAUGGGCCGAUUCGCAGCCGUACAGUGCAGCUGUCCACUGGAUGGCAUGUGCAUGA